AUGCUCAGAUUACUUGCGCUUUCUCUCACAUUGCUGCCGCCGUUGGGCGGACACGCAGCAGCUGCCCCAUCGUCUUCACGUUGCACCCCAACCGCCAGCGAAACCUGGGAAGUCCUCAGUCCUCUGGCCGGGGGCCCUCGUCAAGAGCACGCCGCCGUGGCUCUCGGUGAAAACAUCUAUGUCAUCGCAGGAAUCGAGCCUGACGCAAGUCAGCCCACUAGAGUCUCAACCAUUGACUCAGUGGAGAGAUACAACGUCCCGAAGGAUGACUGGUCCUUCGUUGCUCCCCUGCCCAUUCCCAUGAACCACGCCAACGCCAUCUCUACCAACGGAAAGAUCUACGUUCUCGGCGGGCUCUCCGGCGGCGCCGCCUUCCGGGCGCUUCCGAACUGCUACGAAUACGACCCUGUCACCAACAAGUGGACUGAGCUCCCAUCAAUGCCCGAGGGUACGGAGAGAGGCAGCUCCAUCCUCGGCGCGUAUGGUGACAAGAUCAUCGUCGCCGGCGGCAUCAGUUUGCUCGAGCUGGGAGCCGAUGGGCUCCAAGAGACCGUCGACACCGUUUCAUCCUACAACAUCAAGACUCAGGAAUGGAAAACUCUGCCCAAUCUCCCCGAAGGUCGCGAGCAUGCCGGUGGCGGCGUCGUCGGCAACAGCUUCUACGUAGUCGGAGGCCGCUUCCGAAGCCAAACCGCAGUCCGCGACACGGUCUACGUCCUCGACCUCAAGACGCUGCAGUGGAGCGAGCGCGCGCGCAUGCCCACGCCCAGGGGAGGAGUUUCCGUGGCUAUUCUCGGGCAGCGCAUCUACACCUUUGGAGGCGAAGGAAAUAUGGAUCCGGAGGCUGGGUUUGUAUUCAACGAGACGGAGGUGUACGACAUCCGCGGCGACUGCUGGGAGAAGCUCCGGCCGAUGAACACACCCCGCCACGGCAUGGCGGCGGUUGCGUUCAACGGGAGCAUUUACACGCCUGGCGGUGGCAUUCGUGACUUUGGAAUCGUUGAUAACAUGGAGGUCUUGCAUCCUGGCUCGUUCAAGUGGUAA